CCAGAGGCCCCAGCGGCCUCCCAACACCGCUCAAAAGGUUGCAAUCCGUAUCACAAAAUUGGCUCAAGCCGUUUCUGGCUCAGCAUUUGGGCGAAGAUUUGUUUUACCGUCCAGAUCUGGAGCCCUGCACAAUACUGCAGCACCCCCACUCCAGGCACCGCAGGGAUGCCGAGUUUUGCGGGCGACAGUCUCCAUCCCGUCAGCGAGCAGCGACCAAGGCCAGUGUUGGCGUGGGCGGAGGCAUCCAGCGUGGCGCCCGCACCGAGGCAGCCCUCGACUCCCAGGGUGGCCCGCGGGCGCCCCUGCGGAGUGGGCCACGGCGGGGCCGUGCCGGGCCCCGGCGGCCUCGGCCCCAACAGGAUCCGCAGACCCCAUUCGCUCCGAGCUCCCCAGGGUUCGGCACCUGUGGCUCUCGAAGACCUUCCCAACACGAGGAGGCUCGACAUGCGCAUCCGCGAGCCUCGCAUGGGCAGCCGCACGUCACGCCGGCUCUUGGCCGGAGCCUUCGCGCCGCCCGAGUUGUUGCCGGGAGUGGAGCUGGCCAGCGGCGGGGCAGUGGGCAACCAGGCGAGCGACAUCGAGGCCACCUGCGUCCAGGAUCUGCCGAGUCCUGGCCAGAACAUCUCCCGCAGGUCGGGCGUGUGGUAAUGAGGGGUGACCUACAUGGGGGGUGGAGAAAAGGGCCCUACAGAGGCCCCUUAGGCCUUUGGGCCCCUUUAGGAGCCAGCAGGGGCCUAAAAGGGUCCCUAAACGGCCCCGUCUGGGUCCUUCGUCGGACGGUGCUAGGACGAGGACAAAUUCGUUCCAGAGCGUUCCAGAACGCUCUCAGAGCGUUUCGGAACGCUCUGAGAAGGCCGCGGUGCCCGAGACAUCCUCCA